AUGCUGCCGCCCCGCCAGCUCGUCGCCUCCAUCGCUCGAUGGUUGCCGCCGCGACGCGCCAUGGCCAUCCUGCCGCAGCGGCCGCAGUUCUCCGCCACCGAUCUGAGGCGCGAGGAGCAGCUGCAGCGGCGCAUCCUGCGGGCGGAGAGAGCGACGCAGCUGCGGCUCGAGUCCCUCAGCGCUCCGCCGAAGUUCAGCCAGCUGAAGAGCACCGACGAGGUGCUCGGCGCCUACGAGGCCAAGCGGCCGGUGCUCAAGCCGGCGGACACCGUCGCCGCCUUCUACGCGCUCGGCCAGCUCACGCGCAUGCCGGCGCACCUCGCCGGCGAGGCGCGGGUGGCGCGCGACCCGCGCUUCGGCGCGCUGCGCUCGGACGUGCUCGCCUCGCUGCCGCAGCUCAACGCGCGGCAGCUCUCCAACGCGCUGCAGGCCGCGGCGUACCUCCAGCUGCGCGACGCGACGCUCCUCGGCGAGCUGUGCUCGCACAGCGCCCGCCGCGCAGAGACGUUCGCGCUGCGCGACGUUGUGUCGGGAGUGUACUCGCUCGGCCGGCUGCGGUGGCGCGACGAGGCGCUCGCGCGGCCGCUGCUCGAGCGCGCCGAGGCGGACGUGCGCGGGCUGCACCCGAUCGACCUCGCCAACCUGUGCGGCGGCCUGCUCGGGCUCGGGCUCGCGCCGCGCCGGCUGCUCGGCGGCGUCGUCGACACGGCGGCGGCAAAGCUCGCCGACUUUGGGCCGGUGGAGCUGCCGUCGCUGCUCUCCUCGCUCGCCUCGCUCGGCGUGUCGGACGAGCGGCUGCUGCGCGCCUCGGCGAGCAAGCCACGCCGCCCGCCUCUCGACCCGUCCGAGAUAGGGCCCCGAAACAGCUCUUGCGACAUCCAGCGGCACUCUGCCCCGCAGGCGGACCGACUGCCCGACCUGCUCCCGGACAUGAACGGGCGCGCGCUCGCCGAGUUCAGCGCCGCGCUCGCCGCCGCCGAGCUCUGGCUGCCCGUCGCGCUCGAGCAGAUCAGCGACGAGGCUGCGGAGAAGCUCUCUUUCCUGCGCGUCGCCGACUCGCUCGUCCUCCUCGCCGCACUCGCGCAGCUCCGGUGGGACCGGCCGCCCGCCACGCCGAUGCUCGCUUCCCGCCUCGCCGAGUGCGCAUCGCCCCCCCCGCCAUCCCGCACCCCAUGCCGGCGCCGUCCAGAGGGCGGCGGUGCCGUGCGCUGUAGGUUCGCGCCCAAGCUGACGGCGGCGGUUGCAACCGUCCGCUUACCGGGCGAGCGCUCGGCGCCGUUGGGCGCUGCCGACGCGGCGGCCCUCGCCGAGCUGUGCGGCGCGUUGCGGCACUUGCGCGCCGAGCCGCCGCCGCGGCUCGUCGCCCACCUCGCGGCUGUCCUGCCAGUGGCCUCGUCCGCUGCUGCAAUGCGGACCCUCGAGAGGGACCACCGCCGCGCGCUCGCGAAGCUGGCAGAUGCGAGCCGGGAGUGGGCUGGCGUGAGAUAG